AUGCCACACCAGGACUCCACACCACGAGAAGCUAAGCCUCGCCAAGGAGGUGCAGACAGACCACUGCUGGAUCUCUUCUCCCUCCGAGGUCAUACAAUCAUCAUUUCCGGCGGCGGCGGUGGAUUAGGGACGACGGUUGCCGAUUCAGUCUUGGAGUGUGGUGGGAACGUUGUGUGUCUCGACUUGGCUCCAGAACCAUCCCACGCGCCGUGGAAAACCCUACAAUCUAAAGCAUCUGAUACAAAAGCUCAACUGAUUUACCACCAGUGCGACGUGACAAGCAGUGAAUCGGUUGUAGAAGUUUUCCUCAAGCUAAAGGGUGCCCUCGGAGCGCCUAUUCGAGGUCUUGUUGCAUGUGUUGGACAGUCAGACACGGGUCCUUCGAUCGAUUACCCCGCGUCAGACUUCCUACGGAUUCUGAACAUUAACAUAAUGGGAACAUACAUUGUUGCCCAGGCGACUGCAAGAGCAAUGAAGGCAGAAAACGUAGACGGGGCUAUGGUUCUUGUUGCAAGUAUGAGCGGCUGGGUGGCAAACAAGGGAGCAGAUUCUUCGGCUUACAACACUGCUAAAUGUGGAAUCCAUCAACUUGGUCGCUCUCUGGCAUCAGAGUGGGGCUCCCGUGUAGAUAUGCCUUUGAUUCGCGUCAACACAAUCUCGCCCGGUUAUAUCAAAACGGCCGCUACUGUGGAGGCUUUGGCAAAUCAAGGCAUGGAGGAGCGAUGGUCAGAGCAAAAUAUGCUUAACAGAAUCAGCUUUCCUGAUGAAUUUCGCGGGCCAAUCAUGUUUCUUCUUAGUGACGCGAGCAGUUUCAUGACUGCGGCUGACUUAACUGUUGAUGGCGGCCACCGUUCUUGGUGA